AUGACGCCACCGCAAGUACGUGGCGUUGUGCGUCUGUCUUUAGCAAAGCCUACUCGUGUAAAAGAUAUCAAUAUUACAUUCACUGGAACCACUCGCACAGACUGGCCUGAAGGUUUAAAACAGCAUGGCAUGGAUGUUAUUGAACAGGUCGAGAUCACGCGACUGGGUACUAGUAUCUUCCGUACCAGCGAGGGAACGCCUGUCUCUUUGGGACAUUCGACAGAGGCACGUCAUGGAGAAGUGAGAAAUCAGUCUAGGCGAGGCUCGCAAACGCCAAUGUACAUGCGGCCAGAUGAUGUGUGGGAACGAUUUCGUGAACGGGAGAGGUCAUCUAUGCCAACUCGAGCACCACCCAAUACGCGACUAUCGAUGCGUGGUAUUAUUGACGGUUUAAGAUCGCCAAAAAUUUCUCCUACUCAAGAAGCUGCUCCGAUUCUAGAGCCUUUAAAUGCAGCAAACCAAGCAUCAUUUGUGCCAGCGGAAUGGUUUGAAUUGGGAAAAGGCGAAUAUGAAUAUCCGUUUAGUAUUUCGCUUCCAUUCGAUUUGCCUCCGACUUUGCAUGCUGAGUUUGGACAUGUUACAUAUGUGUUGAAAGCGACUGUGUUUCGUAGCGGCCCGCUGACAAGCAAUCUCUCCUCACAGCGCGAAGUUACGCUUGUCCAGAUUCCCCAUCAAGAGCCGUCCCCACUUACUGAUUCCAUUUUCGUUGAUCGAGUAUGUGAUGAUAUGCUUUCAUACUCAGUGGAAAUUGAAGGUAAUAGCUUUCCAGUCACAACCAAGAUCCCUGUUCAUUUAACAAUGAUUCCUAUUGGCAAAACCCGUGUGCAUCGAAUUUCUUUUACUCUUGAAGAAAAGACUGAAUAUUACGCGAAAGAAAGACGAAUAUCACGUUCAGAGAAGCCGCUCAAGUGGAAUCUCGUCAGGCUUCAGAAUGAGUCAGUCAACGAUCCUUUGCUACCUCUCACACACGAAGAUCCGCGCGCUCUUGAGACUUCGCCCCUGCUUCCGUACAUCGAAGCGGCUGCUCAACGUCGAAUAUUCGAAGAAGAAGAGACCCGUUUGGCACCACUGAACCCACUCGGUCCAUGGCAUCUCAAGCUUGAUCUACCUGUGACUAUGGGUCGCCAGAAGGUUAUUAAUAUUUCCUGCCAGCAUCCUAAAUCAAAUGUUGCAGUUCAUCAUAACCUCACCAUCACUAUACGUGUUGAAAAGAUCCAAGUAAAUGAAUUAGCACCAUUGAAGUCACGGAUCCUCGAUAUUGUUAUUAUUAUACCAAUCAAAAUAACUCACUCGAAAACCUCCUUCGAGUGGAUUAGCUUGCCGAGCUACGAGUCUUCUCAACAAGCCCCGUCCUUCGGAAUCUCGUCGCUGCAAGAUCCUAAUAUUCCGGAAUCACCACCCCCGCCGCCGCCCUUGCCCUUACCGCUGCCGCAAUGA